AUGAUCCAGUGUUACGAUCCUUCCACCUUGCAGCGUUUGGGCGAAGUCCCUGCCAUGACACCCGAUAAUGUCCACGACUUGCUCGUCAAGGCUUCGAUUGCCCAAAAGGAAUGGGCCCGAACCUCCUUUGCCCAACGCCGUCGCGUACUCCGGACCAUACAAAAAUACAUUGUCCAUCACGUCGAGGAUAUUUGCCGAGUGGCGAGCCGUGAUUCCGGUAAACCCAAAGUCGACGCACUUUUGGGCGAAGUCCUCACCACGUGUGAAAAAAUACGCGCCGUCAACGCUUAUGGCGAGCUCUGGUUGCGUCCUUCCUACCGACCCACGGGACCCCUCAUGCUCCACAAGACGGCAUUUGUGGAGUACGUACCGCUAGGCAUCGUCGCCCCCAUUGCGCCGUGGAAUUAUCCCUUUCACAAUCUCCUCAAUCACAUCAUUUCCGGAAUUUUUGCCGGCAACGCCGUCGUCGGGAAGGUUUCCGAACACACAUCCUGGAGUGCCAGUUACUUUGGACGCAUCGUGGCCCGGGCCCUCGUGGAACACGGACACAAUCCCAAUUUGUGUGCCAUUGUAACCGGCUACGGUGACGCGGGUGCCGCCCUCGUCUCACACCCACUCGUCGAUAAGGUUGUCUUUACUGGGUCUCCCGGUAUUGGUAAAAAAGUCAUGGAAACAGCCUCGCACGUUCUCAAACCCGUCAUUCUCGAAUUGGGAGGCAAAGACGCUAUGGUCGUUAUGGAAGAUUGUCAAUUGAAAGACGUGGUGCCCUGGGUCAUGCGCGGGUGCUUUCAGAAUUGUGGACAAAAUUGUGUCGGAAUCGAGCGGGUUCUCGUCUACGAAUCCCUGCACGAUGCCUUUGUGGAAGAGGUGACCGCGCAGGUCAAGGCUCUGCGGCAAGGUAUUCCGUUGGAAACGUGCGGCUCGUCCGCCGACGUCGAUUGUGGUUCCAUGGUCAUGGACGGACAGUUGGAUCUAAUUCAAGCCUUGGUGGACGACGCAGUCAAGCAAGGUGCUACAGUCGUUACCGGCGGUAAACGCGCAGUAAACGGCAAUGGACAGUUCUACGAACCCACUAUUCUAACCGGAGUGACCGCCGAGAUGCGAGUCUUUCAGGAAGAAGUAUUCGGACCCGUCAUGACGAUUGUCAGAGUCCCCAAGGAUGAUGAUGAAGCCUGCCUGCGGCUCGUCAAUAACAGUGCGUUUGGACUCGGCUCAAGUGUUUAUUGUGGCAAUCAACGCCGUGGUCUCGCACUGGGACGUCAAAUUCGCUCCGGUAUGCUCUGCAUCAACGAUUUUGGGUCCAACUAUCUGGUACAGUCGUUGCCCUUCGGCGGCGUGAAAGAAUCCGGUUUCGGACGCUUUGCCGGUAUUGAAGGAUUACAGGCCAUGUGUUUGGAGCGAUCCAUCCUUGUCGAUCGCAUUCCUGGAAUUAAGACGACCAUCCCACCACCCAUCAAUUACCCAAUCGACAAACAAAAGGGACUGCCGUUUGCGGCUUCGCUGAUUCAGCUGUUUUACAACGAAAGCAUCAUUGGAAAGAUCAAAGGUAUUUUCGGACUCAUCAAGUUUGGAUGAUCGAAAUGCCGGUAGGAAGGCAGCUCUUGUUUGCAAUGUUCACAGUAGACGCACAUUUGUCUACCACAAACACUAAUUGGAAAGUUUUAUUCACUGUC